UGCUUUCGCAAGGGCCUAUGACUCGUCGAUGUGUCACGUAUAAUACUGCUUGGCCAGCUUGCAGCAGAGCUCAGGGGUGGUUUUGUCCGCGAGCCCGCAAGAUUCGUGGCGAUUUCUUCUUCGAGGAUUCGUAGAUCGUCGGUCUCCGGAGAAGCUCAACGGCGAGGAGUCGGUCGCGAACAACGACAACUACAACAACAGGGGGUUGCUGGGUAGCGCGAGCAGAGCGACAAGAGAGAGCGUGACUCUAGGACACGACGUCGAGUGGCGCGCUUGAUGCUGCUGCUGCUGCAGCGAGAACAGCAGAGGCAGCCAGCAGUGCACAGCAGCUCGACGAACUUUUAUCAAUAACAGCUAACCGCGCGCAGGCAGCCAGCAGCAGUCCGCAAGCGGCAGGCUCGUCGCUGCUGCAGCUUGGCAUCGGCUCGCUUGGCUACUACUAGUGUGUGUCUGCUCGCUUCGCAAAGCUCGCCGCGUAGUUUUUCCGUCGCACCAACGCUCCGUAGCCCCCACAGGAAGAGGAGGAGGAGGCCCCUGACUCGAUCGACCAGAGGCCCCGUCUGAACAUGGCUACCGAGGGAGGACUUGCUCCUGAUGCUGCAGGAGGUGGGGCUCCAGGUGGAGCCGGUGGUGAUGGAAUUGUCGGGGGUCCACGAACACCACAGCAAGUAGCCGCCCAAAAGCGACUUCAACAAACUCAGGCUCAGGUAGAUGAAGUCGUCGACAUCAUGAAAACAAAUGUCGAAAAAGUUUUGGAGCGUGAUCAAAAGCUCUCAGAACUUGACGACAGAGCAGAUGCUUUGCAGCAAGGAGCUUCUCAAUUUGAACAGCAAGCUGGAAAGCUGAAAAGAAAAUUCUGGUUACAAAAUUUGAAGAUGAUGAUCAUAAUGGGCGUCAUUGGAUUGAUUGUACUGGCCAUCAUCGUAGCAAACUUCAUGUAGACGCGCCGAUCCGUGGAAGAAUCAUAUAUGUAUAAGUGAGUCAGCAAGUACCACCGGAGGAAGAGAGAAAACUGAAUUCACGAUGAAGAGAGAAGAUGGAGAUAUCAUUUUGCAUACUUAUAUUUACGGAAGCGCCCAUAUUUAAGAACAUUAUUAAAAUAAGUAUUAAGACAAUUUUCGGGCACAAUUAACUAAAAUCUUUUUUUUUAAAUCAGAAUUAUGAUAGAUUGGUGAUUGGUGAAUUGGUGAAAUAAUUUUUUUCUCUAAAAUUGCUCUAAUUAUCAUUUUUAUGAAUAUUAUGAAAAAUUUAAGUAUAUCUUAUUGAAUGAUGCAGAGGAAAUAUUAAUAUGAAUAAAUUUUACAUUUACCAUGCUUUUUCUAUAGUUAAUUUGUUAAUGGAAUUUUUCAAAACAAUAUAUUUACUUGUAAACGAAGAGUGUUAUAACAAAAAUGAUUUUGAAAGCAAGUAAGAUUACACGAAUAGAGACAAAAAUUUAAUGAAAAAAUAGAAUGAUAUAUAUGGCAUUCAUGAUUAGUGAUGUCAUCUUAAAUUUUUUUGAAAAAUGAAGAAACUGAAUUGAAGUUUGAUUGUUGGAUUUAUUUUCACGAAUGUAACAAAACUGCCAUUGCUAUUUAAGAGUCCAUUUUACCCGAUAAUAUCUAAUCUAAUAAUUGUUAAAAUUAACAAAUUUGCAACAUACUCAUGAAUUGCGGUAUCCAUCUGACUUAUAAACUAUAAUAUGUAUGCCCGAGACGAAAUUCAGACUAUUUCGAAAAUCUUUAAAAAUCAGUUAGUUUUAGAGUACAUACGAAAUAGUUUUCUCUAACGUCAUCAAAAAGAGGGUAAAAUAUGUCGCAUUUUAGCAAAAAGCAGCAUACUACUCUUAGGAAGAUGUAAUGUGAAUCAUUUAUUAGGAUUUUAAGAUUUUUAAAGGCUUUUAGAAAUAGACUAAUUUUCGUUUCGGUCAUUGAUGUAUAAUAAUGCAAGUAUUAUAUUGCAAGUAUAGACUAUUUCAUGCUAAUUAUAAAAUGGGUAAGAGUGACACAAACUGUUUCUAGAAUUUGAAGACUAAUUUGUCAAUGGUAUUAAUCAAGAAAAUUUUAAUGUGUGAAAACAAUAAUUUUUAAAUUCCAAAUUUCAACAUCGAGUUUCUUAAAAAAAUUCUACUAGUUUUCAAGAAUUCGAAAUCUAAAGUUUUUUCGUUGUUUCUUAUUGUUAUUUGAAAAAAGUAAAAUAAAAAACAAAGGCGGUACCAAAAUCUCUGUUUAAAUCUAACUUCUUUGCAUUCUUCAACGGGAAAUACAGUAUUUUAUUCUGAAGAAUCCUUCUAAACUUUUCGUGUUUUAGAGGAACUAAAUAAUCUAUUUUUUUUUAAUUUAGCUCAUAACUAAGUAAACAAUUAUCCAUAACUUAAAGUUCGAAAACAAGCUUAUUGGAUGAUAUCAUCAGUAAAAAAUUAAUCAGUUGUAAAUAUGUAACCAUAAUAUUUGACAUGAUGUGGACAUGAUUCAAUUAAUUUAAUUUGUAUAAUUAUUUUUUUGAUGUUUAUUAAUUAAUUUUUAUUAUUUAAUUCGAAAGUAGCUUGUAUGCCAAUUACCUACAAAAGAUACGUGGAAAAUGAUUUGUGAAUUAAAUUUGAAUAUUCAUUCAAGUUCAAUAAAUUCCAAAUAGUCAUUUAAAUAAAGAAUAAAAAUGAAAACAGAUUCAACAAAUAAUAUUUCAUACAAAAAAGUUUGAUUUUUUGGGCUUUAAGACAUCAAGAACCACAAGUUUAUUGUUGUUUACGGUUGAUAAACUAAUUAUUUUAAAAUGUUAUACAUGGAUAAAUGUAUUAAUAUGUAUAAAUAUGAAAUAAUUUAUAAUAAUCGUAAUUAAGAAAAUAAACAUUCCAAGUUUAUUGACGAGUAGUAAACAAUAUCGAAACCUCGUUUGAGUGAAAAAAUCGUUAUAAGAAAAAUAUUACAGGUAAAGAUUUCCAAUAGAUGUGAUUUGUGAAUGAUGCAUAACUAUCAUAAUGGACAAAAAAUAUAUUUGUGAAUAUGUAUCAUUUCGCGUGAACUAAAAUAAUUUAAAUAACGCACGUUCAUGUGGGUACACACAAGAAUAGUACUAAAAUUAUGACCCUUAUUUAUAUCCAUUAAAACUACAGAGAAACUUAUGUAAAAUUCAAAGAAUAUUUGAAUAAAUACUUUGUUGCGAAAAUGAAAGUGAUUUUAAAAAUCAGUUAAAAAUGUAAAGAUUUUAAAAUAAUCAAGUCUGCACUGCAAAAAACCGAUGAAUUCUCGGCGCAUCCACGUAUUAUUUCACAUGAAUUAAGAAUGAGCAAUGUCGAAGCAUUGAGUAGUCGUCAUUUUUCAUUUGUUGAAACUUUAAUUUAUAUAAAUUCUUCAA